CUGAGUGGAUAGUCGGCGUUAAGUUUUAGAGGUGUUGAAAAUUUUCGAUGUCAAAAGUAUUUAGAGAACUGAUUUGCAAAUUAUCAGUACUACCGGAGAUGGCAGACCUACUCUCACUCUCGUCUCCACUCGCACUCAGAAUUUGAUUAUCUCCCGCGAACAUACACGACGUUAACAAGAGAAAAGAAAAUGAGGUCUUCAAUCAAUCGUCCACCAACACCAGAUGCAGAGGAAGAUCAAGGAAAAGAGCCCACUCUUCAAGAAAUUAUCAACAUUAAGUUGAUUGAGAGUGGAGAGAAAGAACGAUUAAAGGAACUUUUGAGGGAAAGACUUAUAGAAUGUGGCUGGAGGGAUGAAAUGAAGGCUUUAUGCAGGGCAUUUACAAGGAAGAAGGGAAGGCACAAUGUUACUGUAGAUGACCUUGUACAUGUAAUCACCCCAAAGGGCCGAGCCUCAGUUCCUGAUUCUGUGAAAGCUGAACUUUUACAGCGUAUACGAGCUUUUCUUGUCUCAGCUUCUCUUUGAACGGAGACGACGCCUCCACCCUCCAGCUUGGUUUGGCAGUUUCUCCUAGAAGGGUUUCUAAAAUCCAGAAAGGAAUUAUUAGAGUUUCAGUGGAUAUGGCCUGUUGUUGAAUUAAGGUCGUGAUGGAAGAUGACUCCCUACCAUUGGUUAGAACUGCAUUGCAUGUUUCUUGGUUGGGUGAAAAAUGAAACUGUUAUUUUCUGUUCAUCAUCUCUGUUCUCUAAAGAGCUGUAUGUUGUUAAACGUCUGCAUGACCUAGGAAAACCCAUAUGAACAUAACCAAGGGGGUGUUCGCCAAUGUCUAAAUCUGAUUUUGUUUUCUAUAAACAAUAUAGUUUUUCAUAUUUUGCUGA